AUGGAGGAAGAAAAGAUGAACUUGAGGUUAGACUUAGAUGUUCAGAAGCUCGAAACUGAGAAAUCAAGGAAAGAGAAAAAUAAGGCUGAGGAGGAGCUGGGUAGUCCGAAGACGGAUUAUAAAAAGUUGCGUCUGUCGAUGAGAAUUGCUGGGCUAGGAAAAACUUCAGAACAGUGGCGAGUAGAAAUUCGAGAAGAAAAAGACAAAGCCUAUAGAUGGGAACAGAAAUUCCAAGAGAUGCAGAGGCGAAACGAGGCUUUAGAAAAGAGUUUAUCAGAAAGCCAAAAGGAAAAGGGCAAGUUAGAGGAUAGGGUGACUGAGUUGGAAAGAUCUCUUCAUCAGUAUCGAAAUCAAAAUUCCGCAAUUGAGUUAAAAGCAAGCUUUAGCAAGAUUGAGGAAAUGAAACAAAGAAUCGAAGAGCUAGAAACGGCGUUGCAAAAUUGUGAAAUCCGGAUCAAGCACUUGGAAGCAAAUGAAAAUCGUAAUAAGGAACAACUAUACUACUUUCAGAACCAAGUUAGGAGCAGAUAUCAUAUUAUGGAGGAAGCUGUGGUCCAGAUUCGAGAAGUAGCUGAUCACGUACAAACUUUGGCAGUACAAGCAGACAUGCUGAGUGUGAAAUAUGAAUUAGAAUCAGAUCGGGGGCAAGAGUUAGCUGUGUUACUUAGGAAUAUUAGAAUGUUGAGCAAUAGGGCAAAGCUUUAUUUGUAA